AUGCUAAAACACCCUGACGUAGUUAAGCAACCCCUGAAGAAAACAAUAUUCUUCACAAACUGCAGAAAUUUCCUCAGGACUGGUGCGUUGGAAAUAAAAAAACGUUACAACAUGGAAGAUCCCGUUCUUUCCAAACUCCAAGCUCUCGGACCAGCAUCAGCUCUCUCCAACGAUUUCAGAAUACACGUCCCAACAUUGAUGCCUCUGAUGGAAGGCGUGCCACGUAUAAUUGCAUCGUUUGAUGACACUAAAAAGCAACAAAUAGAUGAUCAGUGGAGAAUAUUAUCGAUUGCAAAAGCCCGCCAUCCUGCAGAGCUUAAAAAUACCACAGAGCCUGAUGAGUUAUGGGAGAUGUUACAUAAAACAGAAGAUUUCUUCGAAUUGGCCAGUUUUGCCCUCGCAGUCUUGGCUAUGCCUCAUGCAAAUGCAGACUGUGAGCGGGUAUUUAGUAAGACUAACCUAAUAAAAACAGAUUUAAGAAAUCGUCUUAUCACAGAUACAGUAAAUGGUACACUUUUAGCUUCCGAAAGCGCUAAAGGCCCAAAUCGCAAAGGUAAUUGCGUAAAUUUCGAACCAUCAAAAGAAAUGUACGCCAGAAUGACAGCUGAAAAGCUAUACUCUAAAAAUAAAGAUGAUUUUACUAACAUCCCUGAUGUCGAAUAUAAUUAA